CUUUGAAGGAACUUAUCGAGCGAGAGUACAGCACCGGUCGCACAACUAGUGGUAAAACAUCGACCAAGAAACUCCUCGAUCCCGCACAGCUCUGUCCGUCCAACGGCAGCGCAAAAACCGACACAACGUACACCAGCACUGCGAUUGGAUAUCAGACAUCGGAUUGCAGUGCGUCAGCUAUUUCUACUCAUUCUGUUUCUGCAUCACAAGACCCAAGUGGCCGUCGCGAAAAAUUUUUGUCCGGUGCUAGUCUGUUCACCGACCAUUCUGGCGAUGACGACCGCCAGUUGAUGUUGGGUACUUCGUUCUGCUCCGAAGGGGGCGCGUCAGCGUCGGGAAGUGGUGGAAAUUUGUUUUCCUCGGAAGGGAGUCUCGUUGCCGCUGGUGGAACAACAGCUGUAGUAACUUCUCCCAUGCAGAACAGCAACACAAUCUCUGCAAACCAACAGGAGAUGCAACAGGAGCAGCAGCAGCUUUGUGAUAGCACCUCUAGUUGCGGACUACUUGAUAUCCAAUCUUCCUCCUGGGCGAGAACCAUCACGCCUGCUAGUACGGCUGCAAAGAGUUGUAGUUCCGCGGAGGAGCUACCGGAAUUUUCAGGCGGAACGAGUACUGACGAGGUUGUGAAACAGCAGGAGAAAGAACCAAAGGAGGUUGGGGACUAAAUGGAAAUCGAUCAUGUUGGGCAGAUCAUGCCAGACCCGGAACAACGCCAGCGCCCCCACCAUGGGGGCACUCGAAUGCUGCCGGGGAAGCUUGGCGCACCGGAAUUAUCCGAGAGGAAAUUCGCAGGAUUGGCCAGUCUGCUACUAAAAGACUUUCCUUUAUUCCCGGCGGCCCGAGGCGGUCGCAGUAGAAGCAAGGCGGUUGUUUGCCCUGCGGGUGGGAAUUCGGCAGAGAGACUGCUCCUGCAGCGACGCAGUGGUGGUGUUUCGCUUCAUCGUCGAGAACUACUACAACGAGAUGAGCGCGCUUUGCAGCUGCAAGAAACUGCUGCAUCUUCAUCAUCUGACUCCAACUACCUCACGAAACAACUACCCAGGAAACGUACGUCGGUCCCAAGCUGUUUCGCAUUUCUACACGGGAAAAUUCGGAAGAAGAACGACACAAGCUGCAAUUCUAAGCAAGGCGAAGGUCCUUCUUGUCCGCUUCCUCUCUUCUUGUCCUGCGAGAAACGUGGGAUGAAACAGCCGGUCAGUUGUGACCACGAAAAUCAGAAAUCUUCUCUUCUCGGCCUCUGUGCUGCAGACGGUGAGGACGCAAGAACUGCUGAUGGUGGCACCAAAGCUGACGAGUUGUGCGAGCAGAUGUUGAUGAAAUGCAAGGGUGUUCUUGUACAACAUCAAGCGCACCAUGGGGUGACGCAAGCGCAGUGCCGCUCGCUGCAGUCUGUCAUGCGAGAUCUGCUCCACCACGACGAUCAAGACCAACUUCAACAAGACCUGCAGAUUGCCAUGGAUCUCAUGACAGCGGUGCGCGACGUGCGAACCUGGUCUGCGGAAAGGCGGCGGGGUGGAGGUGCUGGGAGUGCAUGAGACAGACGGUCUUGGUGUCUACUGUCGUGUCUGCCUUCUACUUCUUCACGUGAUCAUCUUCCGCAAGACACAGCGCCGCUUCUACUGAUUCAAGCAACACAAGUCGCUUGUGGCACGGUACUACUUUGCCUGUAGUGUUCGGCCUUUUACUGUGUCUUCGUUUCAUCUAUCAAUCACUUUAUGAAUCAAUGUAUCAUGCGCUACAAAAACAGAAUUGCAUUGACUCAGGCCAGCCCUUUUCUUCGGGGGAGUACGAGUUGUAUGCAAAGCUUUUCUAGUCUGCCCAAAUAAAAAUUGAUGAAGUUUUGCCGACAAAUGUUUGCGCAGAAUACCUACCGUUGCAGCUACUCUUGCUUCGACUUUCGACAUCAAAAUGAACGUGUCAGUUCCGCGCUGCACGACUUAUGAUUUCAAUUUUUUGCAUCAAUGGUUUGUCAAUUGACAAUUUUGAAUAAAGAAAUCACUCAUCAUAUGAUCUGUUCACAAAUAAGUAUAGCAAGUUUUCGAACGAAAAUCAACAUCGCGGCGCAGUUUCAUUUCUAUUUCGUGUAUGAGUAUGAACCUUCACGACUAGAACAAGAAUACAGUAUGCAAUGUAGUUCUUUCUAGAAGUAAGAAAUGCAAAUCAAAUACAAGACCCGC